ACAAUUACUCUCAAACUUACUAUUAACAAUUACCUUCUAUGGAAGGCUCAAAUCGUUCCCUUCCUAAAGGGACAUCAGCUCUUCGGCUUCGUGGAUGGGACUGUGCUUCCACCUCCUUCUUCUACGCCUGAUGGCCAUAUAAAUUCUGAUUAUACUCGAUGGGUCUUACAAGACCAACUCAUCAUCUCCACCGUUUAUUCCUCCCUAUCUCACACUGUUUUGGCCCAAGUCCUUGAAUGCACUACCUCCCGUGAGGUGUGGACUACUCUCCAAAAUCUUUACUCGGCUCAAUCUUCAGCACACUUUAUCCAAAAUCAGUACCAACUUGCAACCCUCAAGAAGGGAUCUGAGUCAAUUUCUGAGUACUAUCACAAAGCACAAUCCUUAGCUGCCUCUCUUGGAGCCGCCGGCCACCCUUUAUCAACCUCCCAAUUUUCCAUCUAUCUCUUGGCUGGACUUGGUUCAGAUUAUGAAGCCAUAGUGACUUCCAUUACCACACGCCCAGAACCUUUAUCAUCUCAUCAAAUCUAUAGUUACCUGCUUAAUUAUGAAUCUCGUUUGGCUCACCAAGCUCAAUCACUGCUUUCAGGUACUAAUUUUGCAGCUGAUGCGACCAGCACACGGGCACCAUCAUCAUCUGGUUACCCAAACAGAGGAAGAACUAAUAUGCAAAGAGGUGGUCGUAGGGGCCGUGGGCGUGGCCUCAACUACUUCUCCAAUCGAUCUGAUGGUGGCCCAUUAUGUCAAGUUUGUCAAAAGCCUGGGCAUACAGCCCUCUCUUGCUACCAUCGGUUCAAUCAGUCCUACCAAAGCCCACCCCCUACCUCUCUUACAGCAAAUUUGACAGCUCUACCUCCCACUGUGCCUCACACAAACCAUUGGUGGGAUUGAUAAAGCUGGCGCUGGAGGCAGUGAAGGCGACCCCAGCGCCGCCAGUAGGGCCAGCACUUGGUUCCAAGGGUGUAAACAUCAUGGCUUUCUGUAAGGAUUACAAUGCCCGGACCGCCGACAAAGCCGGUUACGUUAUUCCUGUCUACGACGGUGUUGAGAAAGGUUCUAAAGACCCAAAGAUGGAGAAAGUGGGCAAGAUCACCAUUAAUCAGUUGCACACAAUCGCUGCUGAAAAGCUGCCAGACUUGAAUUGCACGAGUAUUGAAUUAGCAAUAAGAAUUAUAGCAGGCACUGCUGCUAAUAUGGGAAUUGAUGUUGAUCCUCCAGUUCUUGAACAGAAAAAGAAGGGUUCGGCAUCAGCUAGAUGGAACAUUUACCUACCAUUUGGACUUGGUUUUCCUCAUUACUGUUGUUGUUAAGUGGUAUCUCUAUGCCAUUUGGACUUGGUCAUAACUCAUAAGAAUCAGCCUUGCUUCAAAACUGACAGAAUAUCUCUAUGCUAGAGACACGCAGGGAUAAGGCAGCGGUCUUCCUCUUAAAUUGAAACUGAAAUAGAGCUUGCCCACAUGAAAUUGCCAGCCUGUAAACCAAGUUGACAUGACAAACAAGGUUGUAUUUCUG